AAGACGGUGAUACUGAAGGUGGUGAUUGUGAUGGAGGUGAUGGUGGUGAUACUGAAGGUGAUGAUAUUGAUGGAGGUAAUGAUGGUGAUAAAGACGGUGAUACUGAAGGUGGUGAUUGUGACGGAGGUAAUGAUGGUGAUAAAGACGGUGGUGAUACUGAAGGUGAUGAUAUUGAUGGAGGUAAUGAUGGUGAUAAAGACGGUGAUACUGAAGGUGGUGAUUGUGACGGAGGUAAUGAUGGUGAUAAAGACGGUGGUGAUACUGAAGGUGAUGAUAUUGAUGGAGGUAAUGAUGGUGAUAAAGACGGUGGUGAUACUGAAGGUGAUGAUAUUGACGGAGGUAAUGAUGGUGAUAAAGACGGUGAUACUGAAGGUGGUGAUUGUGAUGGAGGUAAUGAUGGUGAUAAAGACGGUGGUGAUACUGAAGGUGAUGAUAUUGAUGGAGAUAAUGAUGGUGAUAAAGAUGGUGAUACUGAAGGUGGUGAUUGUGAUGGAGGUAAUGAUGGUGAUAAAGACGGUGGUGAUACUGAAGGUGAUGAUAUUGAUGGAGGUAAUGAUGGUGAUAAAGACGGUCUAUACUGAAGGUGGUGAUUGUGACGGAGGUAAUGAUGGUGAUAAAGACGGUGGUGAUACUGAAGGUGAUGAUAUUGAUGGAGGUAAUGAUGGUGAUAAAGACGGCGGAUAUUGAUGGUGAUUAUGGUAAUGAUGAUGAUAAUAAUGGUAAUGAUGGUGAUGAUACUGAUGGUGAGUAUGGUAAUGAUGGAGGUGAUGGUGAUGAAGGUGAUGAUAGUGAUGAGCUUCCUAAUACAGUGAAAAAUUAAAUGUGGCCAUGGAACGAUGGAGAUGAUGAUGGUGAUGAUGAUGUAUUGAUGUGAAAAGCUCCCUAAAGAAGUGAAAGGUCGCAGUGGACCAGGUUAGGUGUGCAGCUGUGUCGAUGUAUCCCUGUAUAAAGUGACCCACCUUUGCGUCCAGGUGUUUUAGACCAGGUGGAGACUGAAGCACACAGGACAGCGUGUCCUCCGGGAGCUGGAGGUGGAGGAGCAGGAUGUUUACCUCUCACUGACGCACUGUGUACACGCUGACUCAGACGCUCUGCCUGUCCUGCAGGGCUUUCCUGCGUUCAGCUGGGCGUCUGGUGGUUUGGUGGUUGGUCAGAGGAACCUGAUGUUGAUCAGCUGAGCUGUGGGUUCUGCUGACAUGCGGAAUAUUUUCAGGAAGCUGUAAAUCUCAGACUUCCGGGAUCCUUCAUCUAAACUGUGGAUGUACAGAGUUACAUGACUGUAUACAGUAUAACACUGUAAUAUAUCCAGAUACGCUGCUCCUAAACGGACUGAGCCGAGCAGUAAAGGGGGUUGUUUAGGGGGAUUAAAGCCGGAGGUCAGUGUUCCUGUAGGCAGGAGUAAAAUAUUCAGAUUGCUGCAUAAACUACCAGCCACUUCAUUAAGUCCACCUCCUUUUUUCUCCACUCA